GUGAAGCAGACAGAAGAGGGCCCGAUGGCAGAGACUCUUUGACCACCUAUCUCCAUCAUGGUAGCAGAGCAGCAGCAGGAAGGAGCGGCGUCGGCUUCCUCAUCGUCGGGCAACGGAACAAGUGCAGAAGCUCACGCGCAAAUGAUGGCAAGCAUGGGCCUGCCAGGGUCCUUUGGCGCCCCAGGCGUCGCCCCAGGGCCAUCUCAGUCUUCGUCUUCCUCCCGUGCAGAAGGAGAGGCAGGACGAGUGGGUCGCGACCAAGGAAGGGAUAGGGGCUGGAGUAGGGGCAGAGGCAGAGGCAGGGGCAGAGGUCAAGGCGGCAGAGGAGGUGCGAGAGGAGGAUCUUAUCAGGCCCAACGAGCGCCACAGCCGGGAUCGCAUUCGCAGGGACAGGGUCAAGACGGAGGCUGGAACGGCUCUUUGGCACCCUUAACACACUUUCGGCACCAAGGUCCAGGGAGCAGUGACCACAAGCGCAAGAGAGGUGGCGGUGGCAGCGGAGGCAGUGGCCUACCUCGAGAGGUCAUCGACGAGGAAGCGCCUUUGGUCCCCUUGGAUCAAAUACCAGUCGCCUCGCUCUUGCGGAACUCCUUCACACAACUCGAUCCAUGGUCACACCUCCAGUAGUGGCGGAGGAUCUCGCACUUUGUAAAGUAAUCAAUGUUACGAUCAUAAGCUGAGAAGACCUAGAGUCAGAGUCGAUGAGCGGUGAUGUAAGAGGACUUGAGAAGAUCAGAGGUUGUCGAGGUCGCUGUCGUCGUCGUCGUCUUCUUCCUCCUUGG